ACCCUGCACUUAUGAAGGAAGAGAAUUCACUUCUGUGAUCGCAGCUCAGUGUUACACAGUCUACAGACAUCUCCGAGCUGGUGAUUACUGUCACAGGAUACAAGGUCUUACAUAUAAGAUCACGCCCACCAGGAUGUCUUCAGUAUCACCAUUUAUCCUGACGCUCGGGAUUGUCCUCAGUCUCUCCCAUCUGUCCGCAUGUCAGAACUGGCCGGCGUUUCAGGCAAAGCACAUAACUGGCUCAUCAAACAUCGACUGUAUCACGGUCAUGAAUCAGCCUCUGUUCCAUGUACGUGGGCGCUGCAAGUCACUCAACACCUUCAUCCAUUCAUCUGCACCCAGUGUCCAGGCUAUCUGCAGCAGUGUCACCGGGAACAGAGAUGUGACGAGUAGUACAAGUUUCAGACUCACAAACUGCUUUAGGGCAUCUGAUAUGAAGCCUCCGUGUCCCUAUAAUCGUAGACCUGAAACAAAUGUGAUAUGUAUACGAUGUGAGAACAGGCUUCCCGUACACUUUGUUAAGGUUGGGAGAUGCUGAAGUCUGUCUUCUAAACAUUAUGUUUCUUUAAUUUGUUUGUGUGUAAUGUACAGCAGAGGAGAACGCAGCAACCUCAUCUCUGUAACACAUAGUAAAUGGCCCUAUUCGGUAUAACACUUGGGGAGCGGUUUAUUAAACCGGGCAGGUGGAAACGUUGCCCAGAGUAACAAAUCAUCUUCAAGCUGUCAUUUUAUAGACUAUAUUUGUUACAUGAUAGCUAGAAGCUGAUUGGUUACUGCAUAUUUUAUCAAAAGAAAAAGAAAAAGGGUAGCAUUGUGGUGCA